GUUGGGGUCGAGAACAUCGUGGCAUUCUGCACCGAUGGCGGCAGCAACUACCACAGCGCCUGCCGGCUCCUCAUUGCAGAGAAUCCGCGCAUCGAGCAUGUGCCGUGUGCGACGCACGUGCUCGACCUCCUUAUGGAGGAUGUGGGACGGCAGGCUUGGGCCAAGGAGGUAGUGGGGCGGGCGAGCGAGCUCAUCAACUACACCCGCAGCCACCAUUGGACCCGACAGUAUCUCAGGGGUGUGGACGGAGGGAAGGGGCUGCAGAUGCUGAGGCCGGCGGGGACCAGGUUUGGGACGCAGCACAUUGCUGUGUCCCGCCUAGUGGAGUUGCGGUCAACGCUGGUGACCAUGGUGCUCUGCGAUGCAUGGAAGGCGGAGUGGGCGGUGGGCCCAAAGAAGGCAGCUGCAGAGACAUUCCACGACCAGAUCAUGGAUAAGGACUGGUGGCCAGCGGCUGAGCUCUUCAAGAGGCUGCUCCUGCUGCCGUUCAAGGCCAUGAGGGCGACGGAUUCGGCAACGAAAGGGAUGAUGGGCCGCAUCUAUGAGCUGAUGCUUGAGCUCACUGUGAAUGUGGCAGAACUGCUGAAGGAGGAGGGGGAUGGGGUGCUGAGUGCGGGAGACAAGAAGGGCGUCAAUGAGAUUGUGAAGCGGCGUUGGGAUGAGAGUAUGGCUUGCCCACUGCACGUGGUCGGGCGGAUUCUUAACCCGGUCAACCAGGAGGAGCGGAUUUUUGGGCCGGACACGGAGUGCACCAAUGUGUUCAAAGCUUUCAUUGCCCGCCACUAUGGCGGGGUGAUGAUUCCCCAGAGGGAUGGCCUGCCCAAGCGUGCCACACUCCUCCUGCAGGAAGGGUUGGCCGCCUUUCUGAAGUUGAGGGGCAGCUUCGGCACGGCUGAGGCCAUCAGUGACCGGAAGUUGGUGAAGGAAGGAAGUUAUUCCAUGGAGGCGUGGUGGGAGUGGCACGGCACUGACCACCCCUUGCUCAUGGCCCUUGCUUGCCGAGUGCUAACUCAGCCGGUGUCUGCAUCCAGCUGCGAGCGCAACUGGGCGGUGUGGGAUACUGUCCACACCGCCCGACGCAACCGGCUGGGUUCAGAAAAGUGCAAGGAUCUGGUUUACGUUGCGCACAACUGGAAGGUUGUGCACAACUGGCACAUGGCCGACGAGGGGGCGGGGGUGGUGUCCGGUAACAUCCCGGACGCCCCCGUCCCUGCGGGGUACAGGGUGGAUCGGGAGGAGGAGGAUGAGGAGGGCGAAGAUGAGGAGCUGCUGGACGAGUACCUGUAGAGCAGAGCAGGAGAGGGUUA